AUGGAGGUAUCUGGCAAGAGACUUCGUAAUUAUUGUAAACCUUGUGAGCGACUUAAGACGUCAACAUACUCGGAUGGUUUCUGUUCACAAUGUGCAGAAGAAAUGUGUCAAAGAUGUUUUGAUACACACAAACAAUUCAAGCUUAACCAGGGACAUAAGCUUGUCCAAUCAGUCGAGGCUAGAUCAAAAAGCAAAGAAACACCAAAAUUUGAUAAUUGUAUAAAACAUCUCAACGAAGAUAUUAAGUUUUUCUGUCCCGAACAUGGCCAAGUAGGUUGUGGCGAUUGUAUGGUAAUGUCCCAUAAAACCUGUAAAGUGGAGUAUAUACUUGAACACAUCGAUGGAUAUAAAGACAGUAAAGAGUUCACAAAAAUUAAGAAGGACAUAGAGAAGUUUGACGAUGAAGCAGAAACUAUAUUAGGACGCAUCAGAAGCAACAAAGACCAUUUAAAAGAUGUCAACAAAAAAUUUGCGCUUGAUGUAAAAUCAUUCAGGGAUGACAUGAUUGCACAUAUAACGAAACUUUCUGAUGCAAUGUUGAAAUAUGGAGAUGAUAUCAUGGAAGCAGACAUGAAAAAGAUCGGAAAUCUAGAAAAAGACAAUAAAAGCCUAGUUAAUGAAACAAAUGAUAUGAGAGCCACAUUACAAUCAGAAGCUGAUCAACCUUACAAAUUGUUCAUCAGUUCCUUGUCAUACAGACAAAAUCUCCAUCUCGUCCGAGACCAGCUAGAAAGAAUCAAAGCGAACAAUAUGAUCGAAAAGUACGACUUCAUGCCUGACUGUAAUCUCGAACAGUUGAUGAAAACUUGUAAACAACUAGGAGUGUUACAUAAGCCAAACGAAUCUGGUGCAGGUACGUUUAUAACUUUCGAAGUAGUUUUGAUGAUACAAACAAGAUAA